AUUUGUGUUGAUUGUAUUAAUAUUUUUUACUUCUAUUUACUUGUGUAUUGAACUCAAAACAUAUUUAACAUAAUUUCGACCUACAAAAGUACGGAUAAGAUCUUGAUGCUUCCUCGAGAAUUCAAUCUGUUGACCGUUCAGUUUGGUCGUUGGUGGUCAAUAUUUUAACGGAAGCGCCACUUGCCAACCCCCCACAUGCCUUCAUUGUCAUUGAGACACCAUCUAAUGGCGAAGAGGCUCAGACCCACCCCACCCUCCACUCCCUCCGCCAAGCCAUCGCCAUCGCCACCGUCAUUGCCGCCGUCUCCUCCGACCCCUCAACUCUUCCAUUCAAAGCCCACCACCGUGUCCCUCCGCCACUCAUCCAACGAUCGAAACAAAACCCUAACCUACCUCGUAUCCCCCGCAUCCGCAGCAUCCUCCAACUGGGUCUCUCUAAAUCUCACCAGAUCAGACCUCUCUUUGCCUCUCACUUUCCCCACCGGCCAAACCUUCCGCUGGAAACAAACCAGCCCCCUUCACUUCACCGGCGUUGUUGGGCCUCAUCUUAUCUCUCUCACCCAUCUCCCAAAUGGCGACGUUUCAUACUGCCUUCACUCUUGUUCUACAUCCUCCUCCUCCUCCUCCGCCGCCGCCGCCAGAUUGGCCUUGCUUGAUUUCCUUAACGCCGGUAUCUCCCUAAGUGCCAUUUGGGAGGUCUUCUCGGCGGCUGAUCCAAGAUUCGAUUUCUUGUCGCGCCAUUUGGAGGGGGCUCGAGUUCUCAGGCAAGACCCACUCGAGUGUUUGAUUCAGUUUUUGUGUUCUUCAAAUAACAAUAUUGGAAGAAUCACCAAAAUGGUGGAUUACAUCUCAUCACUUGGGAAUCAUUUGGGUAAUAUUGGAGGCUUUGAUUUCCAUGAAUUCCCCUCUUUGGAGAGGCUAUCAUUGGUCUCUGAGGCUGAGCUUAGAGAGGCAGGCUUUGGUUACAGGGCUAAAUACAUAAUUGGCACUGUGAAAGAACUAAAAGGCAAACCUGGGGGAGGUGCAGAAUGGCUUCUGUCUCUUCGUGAUUUGGCUCUCGAAGAAGUGAUAGAAGGCCUUACAGCUUUACCGGGCGUGGGUCCAAAGGUAGCAGCUUGUGUUGCUCUCUUCUCUCUCGAUCAGCACCAUGCCAUUCCUGUUGACACACACGUCUGGCAGAUUGCUACUAGGUACCUUGUCCCUGAGCUUGCUGGUGCACGUCUAACGCCAAAGCUUUGCAAUCGUGUGGCUGAGGCAUUUGUCAGCAAGUAUGGAAAAUAUGCUGGUUGGGCUCAAACUCUGCUCUUCGUCGCUGAUUUGCCUCAACAGAAGGCCCUCUUACCUGCAAGCCUUGAGAAUACCAAAAGGAAAAAAUCUACAAAGGAGCAGAGAGAAAAGGCACAUACUGAGCAAGAUCCAUAGGUGUUGGCAUAGCUCUUGAAAUUUGUUCGGGUUUUCUUUGGCUCGUUGACGUAUUCUCCUGGAGGAAGAAUUCAAUAUGUAAUCCCCAUGUUUGGGGAAGUCAUACAUUCCAGCCUUCUACUAAAUGUGAUCUAGUUAAAAAAAGAUUAAUUUUCUGUGACUAGAGAACUGUGGUUUCAUUUCAUUGUUGAUCCUUGACAUGAAUCAAUUAAUAAUUGAAGUAUUGCAUGAUUGUUUCUAGGACUCCUAAAAGAAUGAAAUAAGCUGUGAUCAUGGAGAUGAUUAUUGCUAAAGCUAUGUAUCUAUUGAAAGCUACUGUGAAUUAUCUUGCCAUGUGCUUCA